CGUGGAGGCUCGGCGCUGCGGCGGGCUCCGGCGGUGGGCGGGCUUCCGCGCAGGGCGGCCGGGCUCCGCGCUGCCGCCGCCGUGGCCCAUGGGCACAAUCGUCUCGGAAGGCCGGCAUUAAACCAAAAAGAUGUCCCUAUAUGAUGACCUGGGAGUGGAGACCAGUGACUCAAAAACUGAAGGCUGGUCCAAAAACUUCAAGCUUCUGCAGUCCCAGCUCCAGGUGAAGAAGGCAGCGCUUACUCAGGCCAAGAGCCAAAGGACAAAGCAAAGUACAGUGCUUGCUCCGGUCAUCGACCUGAAGCGAGGAGGCUCCUCAGAUGACCGACAGAUCGUAGACACGCCGCCUCAUGUAGCAGCUGGGCUGAAGGACCCUGUGCCCAGUGGGUUUUCUGCAGGGGAAGUUCUGAUCCCCUUAGCUGAUGAAUAUGACCCUAUGUUUCCUAACGAUUAUGAGAAAGUGGUGAAGCGCCAGAGAGAAGAGCGGCAGAGGCAGCGGGAGCUGGAAAGACAGAAGGAAAUAGAGGAAAGAGAAAAGAGGCGUAAAGACAGACAUGAAGCCAGUGGGUUUUCAAGACGACCAGACCCAGAUUCUGAUGAGGAUGAAGAUUAUGAGCGAGAGCGGAGGAAAAGAAGUAUGGGAGGAGCUGCCAUCGCCCCACCGACUUCUCUUGUAGAGAAAGACAAAGAGUUGCCCCGAGAUUUUCCUUAUGAAGAGGACUCAAGACCUCGGUCACAGUCUUCCAAAGCUGCUAUUCCUCCCCCAGUGUAUGAGGAGCCGGACAGACCAAGAUCUCCAACGGGUCCCAGCAACUCCUUCCUUGCUAACAUGGGUGGCACAGUGGCUCAUAAGAUCAUGCAGAAGUAUGGCUUCCGGGAAGGUCAAGGACUGGGGAAGCAUGAGCAAGGGCUGAGCACUGCAUUGUCCGUGGAGAAGACCAGCAAGCGGGGCGGCAAGAUCAUUGUGGGUGACGCCACAGAGAAAGGCGAGUCUCAGGAUGCAUCCAAGAAGUCGGAUUCAAAUCCAUUAACUGAAAUUCUUAAGUGCCCUACUAAAGUGGUCUUGCUGAGGAACAUGGUUGGUGCAGGAGAGGUCGAUGAAGACUUGGAAGUUGAAACCAAGGAAGAAUGUGAAAAAUAUGGCAAAGUUGGGAAAUGUGUGAUAUUUGAGAUUCCUGGUGCUCCUGACGAUGAAGCAGUACGGAUAUUUUUAGAAUUUGAGAGAGUGGAAUCAGCCAUUAAAGCUGUUGUUGAUCUGAAUGGGAGGUAUUUUGGUGGACGUGUGGUUAAAGCAUGUUUCUACAAUUUGGAUAAAUUCAGGGUCUUGGAUCUAGCAGAACAAGUUUGAUUGUAACUUAAAGUCACCUCCUUGAUCCUUACAUGAGCUGCAGACUGAGCAAUGACACAGGCGUUAGCCUCUAUGGCUGUUGGACACUGAAACUCUUGGAUGGACUUCUAAGAUAUAUGUUGAUGGAUCCCUUUUUUAUUUUGUGUUUUUUUUAAUAUAGUAUAAAAAUCCUUUAAAAAUCUG